UGGUGUCCCGCUCCGCUGUGCCGAGCACGAACGCUGCCGAGGCCCCCGCCGGGUCCUGCCUGUGCAGUUGGUCGCCCGCUGCGGUGGGCAUCGUCCUUCUCCCAGCCGGGCCCGACGGAGAGCGACCCCAGCGAGGGACAGGUCUUCCUCAGCGAGAGCUGCGUGAAGAGGCUGCUGGAGAUCACAGAAGGCUCAGAGUUUCUCAGGCUACAGGUGGAAGGAGGUGGCUGCUCUGGAUUCCAGUACAAGUUUUCCUUGGACACAGUUAUCAAUCCUGAUGACAGGGUGUUUGAACAAGGUGGUGCCCGUGUGGUCGUGGAUGUGGACAGCCUGGCCUUUGUGAAAGGUUCCAUGGUGGACUUCAGCCAGGAGCUGAUUCGCAGCUCCUUCCAGGUGGUGAGCAACCCCCAGGCAGAGAAGGGUUGCUCAUGUGGGACUUCCUUCUCCGUCAAAUUCUGAUUGGACUUCCCAUGGAUGGACACUGUCUGCAGACACUUCCUAGCAGUCUUCAGAGGGUUUUUGCUUGUUCUUUUCCUAGCUGCUCCCUCUCAUAUCCCUUACCCUGUAACACAGCUGUUACACAUGACUCCA